GCAAGGCGUUUUCUUGAAGCGUAAUACCUUGCUCUAGCCUGUUAUCUUAGGCGCGUAGGAAACAAUGCAGGUCGCGGCUGGUUCAGACGGGAUUCAGAAGCUGCUUGCGGCGGAGUCAGAGGCUCAACGGAUAGUUGGCGAGGCUCGGAAGGCUAAGGCCGACCGCCUUCGCCAAGCUAAGGCUGAGGCUGAGAAGGAGAUUGCUGCGUACCGUGCGGAGCGGGAGGGCGCUUACCAGAAGAAAAUUGCUGAGGGCUCCAGCGGGUCUCAGGCGACUUUCCAGCGUUUGCAGAGCGAGACCAGCCUUGCCAUUCAGAAGAUCCAGGCCGACGUUAAGGUCAAGAAGACAGAGGUGCUUGAUAUGCUGAUGAACUAUGUGACGUCGGUGCGCUUUUGAGCACGUAGGUGCGAGAGUACUGCGGGAGGCUAUAGUGCAAGUUGGCUGGCUUGCAGGGGGGUUGUUCGCAUGGGUUUAGAGGGUAGGGCACAGAAGUUCAUGUUUCGGAAGCCCAGCGCCUUACGGCAAGGUUGUGAGCCACUUAGAUGAGCGGGCGUUUGCAACGGGGCUCGUAGUAUGCAGGGAGUGUUUUUAAGGGGCUUUGUUUUUAAGAUUAGGCAUGGCCGGGGCUGACGCGGGGCUUGCAGGUUAAGCGUGCGACCGACGUCACGGUUAGUUCUAAUGGUGUGCAAUCGGGAAGCCAUGGUGUACGGCAUUGAUAAGGCCGUGUUUGCCUUGUAAGGGGUAAUGUUCGUAUAAUGCUUGGCUAUUGCCUGCCAUAAUAUUACCUAGCUUUCAUACCGGUAUUUCCUGGACAUCAUUGGGCAUUUAAGGUACAACGAAGCUUAAGCAACUUCUCACACACUUAGCUUUCCUGCAUCAAUUGCCAUCCAGUUACAAGUAUGACUAUCUUACUCUCCCUGGAAGAGUAAGGAAAUGAAGUGACGGCAAGUCCUUGCGUCGCUGAGGCCUCAGCGCUUGGUCCUGUCCUUCAGGGUUCCGCCGUCUACGUUAGACUUUUUGCAUACCCAACAGUGAAAGGGAAUGGCAUCGGUGCUUGGAUCAUCACCUUCUCGCAGCAAAGCAACGGGACCCACACGGGGCGCAUGGGCCCCAACUGCCAGCAGUAAUCCUGACAGUAAUGUCACGCGUGGCGCUCUAUCGGGCACUAUGGGAGCUUCACCGUAUUGCGUACUAGCCACAACGCCCGAGUUGCCUCUAAGUUCCAACUCGGCAUGUCAACCGACAGCCGAGACCUCCCGGUUGCCCGGAACACACGGACAGGCCGGACUCGUCCUACGGCGCAUGAACUCAUUAAAUAGCACCUCCAUGGCCCGCACUGUAUCUGGUAGUGCUCUACCUGGCUCCUCGGGAGCAUCUGCGACUAGCAGCAGGCGUGCUGGCUCUGCGUUUGCGCGCGUAGGCCUUUUUUUACUGGCUCUUCAACUAGCAAUUGUUGGGCUGUACAUCACGCGCUUCUACCUGUCUCAUCACGCAACAGCUGCAACGAUACCGCCGACGUUACCUGCAGACCCUGCCUCUACCGAAUACAUCAUCAUGAAGCUAGCAGCAGAGAGUCGGCGAGCUGCAGCAGCAGGUGGAAUGGCCAACCGACAUCCGCAGCAGCAGCAACAGUCUGGAGUGGUACCUACCCAUCUGGGUCGAAAGCAACCUGCUGCAGCACAGCGUUCGGCCUUGAAAGCGCAGCCUGUCCAUCUUGCCCCAGCUGUAACCGCGGCGACUGCUCCCCCUCUCGCCCAGUCUACCAUCGCGGCCAAAAAGGACGCUACGGCCACAGCGAUAGCAGGAAUUGCUAUAACGAAAGCUGCUACAGCCGUAACCACGACUCCGGCCUCUAAGUCUGCUGCCGUAUCGUCCUUUGCGCAACCUGUGGUGGCCUACGCUGGCCGCAUGCCCAACCCGCCGCCAAUUGUGGGAGUCGUGUUCUACGGCAGGCGCGACCGCGUCCGCAUCCUGGACUGCUACCUGCAGCGCAACCUGGCUCGCAACGGUGGGCUGCUGACCUCCGUUGUGUUCGUGAGCGCCACUUGGCAGCCGGCGGACGUCACCUUCCUGGACCGCCUGGUAGAGCAGAGACAGCCGGAGUACAGGAAGAUCAUCCCCCCGCGCCUGGACAAGGGCUACACGGGCCAUUACGCGUGGAUGGACCCCGGUACGGUUUACGUCAAGAUCGAUGAUGACGUGGUCUUCAUCGCGGACGACGCGAUAGACCACAUGCUGGCUGCACACAUGCUGCACCGCUACCACCUCAUUUCUGCCAACGUAGUCAACCACCAGCCCCUGGAGCUGCCGCACAGCCAGAGCGGCGCCCACACGCUCUACCACCAAACCCGCCUGGGGGACAAGUCCAGCUGGCAGCCUGUCAUGCGGCAGACGGCUACGACAUCCGCAUCCGCUGCUGGAAAGGACACCGCCGUCGCCGCCACAGCAGCUGCAGGGGCUUCUGCAGCUCCCAUGGAGGCUGUUCCCUUUAUUGAUAACGGUUGGGACACAUGGGGCGACUGGCGCCGCGCGGCCAGCGUGCACUACUCCUUCCUUGCCAACCAGGCAGCCGGGCGGUUGGGCGUGUACGAGUUCCCGCAUGGAGAGGAGCUGUGGGACUUUAACAAGCACUUUGGAUACACGCGGUGGAGGAUCAACAUGAUAAUGUUCCAAGGCGCUGCGAUUGACGUGCAUGUGUACAACAUGAGCUCCACCACGGGCACCUACCCGGGCGAUGACGAGGACUUCAUCACACGCAUCCUGCCGCAGCAGCUCAACCGCACCAGCGCAGCCGUGUCGAAAGCGCUAGCGGUGCACUUCUCCUUCUUCAAGCAGCGAGAGGGCCUGGAGAACAGUACGGAUCUGCUGGACAGGUACGCCUUGCUUGCCGAAAAGACCUGCGGAAGGCUUGUACCUGCCCAGUAGGCCGCUGUAUGCAUGUCAGCAUGUGGGAGGAGGCUUCAUUCCGGCGCUUCUUCAAGAGACGCUGCAAGAGACACUUCCAAGCCGCCCAGGAGGCGCGCGGCACCAUGCGGUGAGGAGCCGAGAACUCCCUACGUAUCGAUCUGGGUCACAUCAUACCGGCUCCUGUUUAGGUGAGCAUCCGCGUGGUAAAUAAGUCAUCGUUUCGGCAGGUAACUAUCCCGUUUCCGUUAUUGGACGCGGACUUGACAUGCAAGGCAGUACCUUGCGACCGCCACACAUGCAUGUGAUUAUUGGGCUUGCUUGCCGAGGCAAGACCGUGCUUGCUGCGUCGAUCUGCUGCCUAGGCAUGAAUGCGGUGGCAGCACACGAUGUACAGGAUAUAUAUUUAUCUACAACAUAACUUAAACCUUCUUUGGCUCGUACGCACUUCAAGUUGAGCAGGAAGGUGGGUAGGCGUGCCGUGUAAGCGCAGAACCCCUGUAUAUUAUAUGGUCGUGCUUGCAGGCGGGGUGGUCUAGAUUUCUUCACUGGUUAGGGCGUAGGUUAGUGGUAAGGGUUGAGGAAGGGGGCCUGCUUAACCCAGGGGGACCGGUAGCAGGUUUGUGUCAUGGUACAUGGGUGUGCAUCGACUUUGUAGUGAGCUAGUGACAGGUAGUGAUGCAUGAUGGAUAUUCAGUAUGCAUGCAUUAGACGCCCGCCUCGUGAUCCUUUGACUGUCUUGUUAGCGCUUAGAUGCUUCAUGUGGGGCUGAAUGAAUGACCGUUACAAUGGUGCCCUAAAAGGGAACAAUGGGGCUGAUAUUUGGCCAUAUGGUAUCAAAGCGCGCUGGAUAGGCCUCUUCAGCAACGUAGCCUACCUUGCUUUGCCCUGUCUCUCCCUUUUUUCAACUGUAGCGCCGAGUCCGCUAGCUAGUUAGAUGCCUCUGCUCGCGUCUAACAUUAAGGUUGUGCUGCUUUCGGUCUUUUCGUUGUUUAUGGCUUGUAGUCGUAGCUAGUAGUACGUGACUGUACAGGUUAAUUGACGUACACCCACACCACAUUGGCGUGGGCUAACGGCCGGGGACUAAGAUGCUGGCUAGGAAGGCAACGAGGUUGACACUACGUCCUUCACGCAUUUGUGACUGGGCUGUAGCUGUUUCACGUGGACGUCGGAAUGUAACAUAUGGUAUGU